GUCUCUGAGGAGCAACAUGGGAGCUGGUUCAUGAUUCCAGUUUGGUGAGAUGUUUUAAAUCUCCGUCACGCCUUUUCCCUCCCGUCAGCUCAGCCGUCGGCUGAUACCCGACCAGACGAUGACGGAGAUGAAGUGUGUCGUGUUUUGGGGCGUCGUGACGUUUUUCUGGACCCUCUGCAGAGGAGACGUCUCCUGUGUUUUCAGUCAGGUCUGCUUCCUGCCAUGCAGCUUCCAGCCGGCCGACCAACCGGCGGUCCACUGGACUCGUCUGGCAGCAGCAGAAUCUGUGGUUCAUUCUUACUAUGACGGCAGAGACCAAGUCCAACACCAGAACCAGAACUUCAGAGGCCGGACGUCCCUGUUUGUGGACCGGGUGUCCUCAGGAAACGCCUCUCUGCUGCUGACCGGAGUGAAGGUCCAGGAUCAAGGCAGAUAUUUGUGCAACUGCAGCACCUCAGCAGGAACCAGGCUGGCAGUCAUCAGAGUCUCAGUGGACGCUCCGGUAAAGACGGUCAACCUUCGACAAGCAGAGAACCGGGUCGUCUGCAGCUCGGACGAGAUCUACCCUGAACCGAACCUCACCUGGUCCACCGAGCCGCCGUCCGAAUUCGUCCUCCAGAGCUCGACUCUGGUGCAGCGGACCGAGCAGCAGCUGUUCAACAUCAGCAGCUCCCUGAAGGUUCCGCACAACGACACGGACCUGACCUACGUCUGCACGGUCAGAACCCGCAGGAACCACCAGACCAGCAGGCUGGAGAACCCGAAAACAGAAGGUCGAGUUCAGGGGCUGGGGAUAGUUGUUGGAGUCAUUUUGGUGUCAGUGUCAACCAUGGCGGUUCCGUUCUGUGUUGAAAAAUGUACCAAGUCCAGGAAGUCCAAACGAUCCCGGCAGCAGAACAUUUCCAUAGAAGAACAACAACUAGAGAAUAGACUAAUCAGCAGUCAUCUAGAAGAAGAACAACCAGGGAAUGGACCAAUCAGCAGUCAUCUAGAAGAAGAGCAACCAGGGAAUGGUCCAAUCAGCAGUCAGCUAGAAGAACAGCAACCAGGGAAUGGACCAAUCAGCAGUCAUCUAGAAGAAGAACAACCAGAAAAUGGUCCAAUCAGCAGUCAGCUAGAAGAACAACCAGAAAAUGGACCAAUCAGCAGUCAGCGGAUCCUGGAGGAGACUCCACCCACAGAGGAAACUCAGAGUCACCAAACAGGUUAAACUGCACUGGGUGGAGCUGAAAACGAGCUGACCUCUCUGGGAAUAAUGGACCCGAUGGCGUCCUGAGCUUCAGGGAAACUGAGCCAGAACCAGAACCAAACUGGUCCAUCUGAACCAGAACUCUGAGGAGAUUCUGGUUCUGUUAAAUGAACUUUCUGACCUGCUGCUGUCAGACAAACAGAACCAGUGAACUGAUGUUGAGAUGAGGCACUUCAUGUUGUUGCACUUAUUUCUUCUAAAUUGAUAUAUUUCAGGUUUUCUUGCUGUUUUUAGGUAAAUCUGCUACAUUUUCAUCCAUCAACAGGUUAAGAUAAUUUGUUAUUGUUAAUUAUUGUCUUAAAACAAGUUGCUUUAUCUUGCUAGAGUUGCUUUGAAGGUAUUUUUAUCUUAUUUCAACUGUACAGAAACAUUUGCACUAAAAACUAGAUCAUAA